AUUCUCAAUAAUACGACUCGAUAAAGACAUUUAUAUUUGUUCCUAUUAUUUUACAAAAAUAAAAAAAAUCUGGAUCGUAACGCAAAAAAACAUAAAAAUCACACUGAUCAAGCCGGAAAAUAGUAUACGCCGCAGUACAACAAAAUGACAACGCCGCCGGUCAACUCUGAGGAGGACUUCUACAUGGAUGAGCCAUUUGAUGAUGAGUCGCCGUCCGAGGUUGAGGACGGACAGGAGUACGAAGAGGGAGAGCCAAUUGAGGAGCAGAGCGAUUCUCAAAGCGACACCGAUGUCGAGGCCGAGUUUCUGCGCGGUAAUCCCCAUGCACGUCGUCAACAGAUCUUUGCCAAACGCUCAAGCGGCAGCAGCGGAUUUGCACGCCAAACCAAAAUGACCUACGCCAGCUCCUCGUCCGAGGACGAAUCACGGGUGGUCAUCACCAAGACGGUGGUCGAAGUAAAUAAUUCAAUGCAGCUGACAGAUGAUGAAACCAUGUCGGUGCGCACACUAAUACCAAACAGCGGUAAGAACGAUAACGGCAAUCUAACCGAGCUGGAAUUGGACGAUAAUGAAUUAACUGAAGUGGAGGACGAGAUGGAAAAUGAGAUGGCCGAAGAGGAGGAAAUUGUGUCGGAUAAUGAAUAUGAUGACAACGAUUUGGCAUCCGAGAAAGAUGAUGUGGAAAUAGGGCAAUUGGAAGACGACGAAGAGCAGGAGGAAGAAAUCGUUGAUGUUCAACUAAAGCAAUCAAACAAUGAUCUAGUCGAUGUCGAAGAUGCCAACGAAAGCGACACGGAGGACACCGCUCAAAACGACCCAGCAGACAGUGAGCUGGGUGAUAUGACUAUGCCAGAUAAUCAAAAUGUGACAAAACGACAAAAAAAGAAGCGUGGACAUCAGUACCAUCCGAAUUUAUUAAGGAAACCCAUUGUGGAUGAAGAUGCACCACUUGUGCCCAAGCUGGAAAAUAUCUAUGAUGACAACGGGGAAGAGGUUUAUAAUCUGGACGAGGAUGGACUUGCAGCAGGUGAUCCGCUAAAUGUCAAGUUUUUGGAACAGCAAAUGACACAAAUGUCGGAGAUGAUUAUGAAAACAUUCCGUCUGAAUGGCGGCUCCGCAGACAACAGUGCACUGGAACAGCUGGCUUUGGCCACAAAACUGAUGAAAAAGCAAGGCAAGAAACUGUCCGAAUUGGAUGUGGAUGACGAGGCUGACUCACUGGUGUCUGACAAAACUUCAGCUACGGUGCUCUCGGAAAAAGUAGGACGUGGCAACUGCCGUUGCCCGUCAAGCACAGACAUUAAUGAGUCCGAGCAGGAUAUGUUUCUGAUGGAUGAGUGCGGCCAGGGCGAUGGCCUGUUGCGCUAUUCACAUCAUAAACAAUCCCAAUCGGCUCGCAUCAACAGCCUGACACCCAGCAGUUUCAACAGUGACAACAGUGGCUAUCAUGCUGAAGUUCGGCGUCCUCGUUCCGUUGCCUCCUCGGAAGUCAACUACAAGAAUUUGGGACGCAAGAGCUUCAGCUUCACCAAUCCACAAGUGCGCGAGAUUGAGCGACAGAAUAAUAUUUUGCUGAAGAAAAUGAUGAACGUUAAGCCCACAAUUAAGCCAACCAUUAACGCAACCAAAUCCAACACUAAUCUGCAAGCAAAGAAGCAGGCGCCACCGGCGCCACGCUUGACAAGCGCUGCGGUUAAUCGAAAGAAAUAUCAACGACAGAUCGACUUGGAUAAUGAUGUACUCAAGCGCAAGCUGGAAGCGGUUGGAUCUCGCCGGCCCAUAUUCAAGUGAACGCGCAUCUGUUCGUUAAUAUAAUUAUUAUAAUUUCAAAAAUGUUCAAAAGCGAAUUUACCAAAUUAAAAUUUAAUGCAAG